AUGCCUGUUGUCAACGUCGACGACUUGGUUCGCCUGCAACGGAAACCCGACGAUAUUCGAAAUAUAUGUAUAUUAGCUCAUGUAGACCACGGCAAGACGUCGUUGACGGAUAGUCUGAUCGCCACAAAUGGCAUCAUCUCGCCCAAGCUGGCGGGUAAGAUCCGGUACCUGGACUCGCGGCCAGAUGAGCAGCUGCGAGGUAUUACAAUGGAGUCGUCUGCGAUCUCGUUGUAUUUCUCUAUGCUCCGCCGAUCGUCGCCCGAGGCAUCCCCGGAAACCAAGGAGUAUCUGAUCAAUCUGAUUGACUCGCCGGGUCAUAUCGACUUUAGCAGCGAAGUGUCGACGGCGUCGCGUCUCUGCGACGGGGCUGUCGUCCUCGUGGACGCCGUGGAGGGGGUCUGCAGCCAGACCGUCACCGUCCUCCGCCAGACGUGGGUGGAGCAACUGAAGCCCAUCCUGGUCAUUAACAAGAUUGACCGGCUGGUCACCGAGCUCAAGAUGAGCCCGAGCGAGGCUUACUCUCAUCUCAGCCGACUGUUGGAACAGGUCAACGCUGUGAUCGGCAGUUUCUUCCAGGGGGAACGGAUGGAGGAAGAUCUCCUGUGGCGAGAGCGGAUGGAAGAGCGUGUCCAGGCCUCGACGGCGCGGGAGAAAGACCGGUCCAAGAAGCUGGGGCAAGAUGCGACCCCAGAUGCUGCGUCUGUGAGUAUGGUUGACCUGGCGGAGUUUGAAGAGCGCGACGACGAGGACCUGUACUUUGCACCUGAAAAGAACAAUGUCAUCUUCUGCAGCGCCGUGGACGGCUGGGCAUUCACAGUUCGCCAGUUUGCUGCAAUCUACGAGCGGAAAUUGGGCAUCAAGCGGUCCAUCUUGGAAAAGGUACUUUGGGGCGACUAUUAUCUGGACCCCAAGACGAAGCGGGUGCUGGGUCAGAAGCAUCUGAAGGGGAGAGCGCUCAAGCCUAUGUUUGUUCAGUUGGUCCUCGACAGCAUCUGGGCAGCAUAUGAGGCUACUACCGGAGGGGGCAAGGGAAAGGGAGACCCCGUUCUGUUGGAAAAAAUCACCAAGUCUUUGAACCUCACGAUCCCCCCAUAUGUUCUACGAUCCCGAGACUCGAGGAACAUCAUGACGACACUGUUCUCCAUGUGGCUGCCCCUGUCUACUGCUCUUCUUGUGUCAGUGAUUGAAUAUCUGCCCAGCCCCCCCGCAGCGCAGGCGGCUCGUUUGCCCGCCAUGAUCGAGGGGUCGCCCGGUGCUACGUACGUUGAUGAGAAGGUAAAAGACUCCAUGACUACAUUCAAGACUGGCCCUGAGGCGCCUGUUGUGGCGUACGUCAGUAAGAUGGUUGCUAUUCCAGAAAGCGAGCUACUGUCGAGCAAGAAACGAAGUGGCGGUAGUGGUAUGACAGCCGAUGAGGCGAGGGAAAUUGCUCGCCGGAAGAGAGAGGAGAUUGCCAAAAUGCAGGCGGAAUCGAACGGUGGACAAAGCGACGAUUUCUCCCGCAUCACAUCUACAUUCGAACGGAUCACGCUGGAAGCUGAAGAAUCGACGCCCGAGGUGGAAAAGGAGGACCCGGAGCACCUUGUCGGGUUUGCCCGACUCUACUCCGGCACACUCUCCGUGGGAGACUCAAUCUACGUGUUGCCACCCAAGUUUUCCCCGGCGCAUCCGCACGUCAGUCCAGAACCGCAAAAGGUGACGGUCACUGAUCUCUACCUGCUCAUGGGACGCAGUCUGGAACCCCUUGAAUCGGUCCCCGCGGGGGUGGUGUUUGGAAUCGGCGGACUUGCGGGCCAUGUGCUCAAGACGGGGACUCUGUGCAGCCAGCUAGAAGGCAGUAUCAACCUGGCCGGAGUAUCGCUGGCGACGCCACCCAUUGUCCGUGUGGCGCUCGAGCCUGUCAACCCGGCCGAUCUGGGUAAGAUGGUGAACGGGCUGCAGCUACUGCAGCAGAGCGACCCCUGUGCGCUGUACGAGAUCUUGCCCAGCGGCGAGCAUGUCAUCCUGACGGCGGGCGAGCUGCAUCUCGAGCGGUGUGUCAAGGAUCUGCGUGAACGGUUUGCCAAAUGCGAAAUCCAGACGGGUGAGACAAUCGUGCCCUAUCGCGAAACGAUAGUCAGCGUGCCGGACAUGGCCGCCCCCAAGAAUCCGGAGCUCGGUCGUGGCGGGGUGAGUGCUAUGUCGGCUUCGAAGCAGCUGACGGUCCGCCUGCGCGUCUUGCCCUUGCCUGCUGCAAUCACUGAGUUCCUUAGCAAGCACAUUGGUACCAUCAAGCGGCUUCAGUCGGAGAAGGUCUCUAGGAGCGAGAAACCGAGCUCCGAGACCGAAGAAGCGAGCGUCGGCACGCCCACCAGCACCGAUGUGUUGGAUGCGACAGAUGAUGCGCUGGAAGGCAGCGUGCUCUCGCUGGCCGAGUUCAAGAGGGAUCUUACCGCACUCCUCGCCGAGAUUCAGGAAGAAAAGGAAGCAUGGCAGGGUGUCGUGGACCGGAUUAUCGCCUUUGGACCACGCCGCGUGGGACCCAACAUGUUGAUUGAUGCGACUGCCGGGAACGCCUGCGAGAAAUUCUUAUCCGACGACCCCAAACCGACCGACAGCCACGCCUUAACGGUUCGCGACUUCUGCGACAAGAUCGCGUACGCCUUCCAGCUGGCGACUGGGCAGGGCCCGUUGUGCCAGGAGCCGAUCCAGGGCAUCGCUGUCUUCCUAGAAGACCUGGCGGUGCACACCCAGGGGGAAGAGGCCGAUAUGGGCCGGCUAACGGGUGAGGCGAUCCGGACGGUGCGCGAGGGGAUCACACAGGGAUUCCUGGAUUGGAGUCCACGGAUCAUGCUCGCCAUGUACAGCUGCGAGAUCCAAGCAUCAAGUACGUUCGAUGUUCUCUCUGCUAAUGGGGUUUUUCUUUUGCUAAUCAAAGCAGCCGAAGUACUAGGCCGCGUAUACGGGGUGAUCACGCGGCGACGGGGCCGGAUCCUCUCCGAAGUGAUGAAAGAGGGAACCCCCUUCUUCACGAUUCUGGCGGUGCUCCCCGUGGCGGAAUCGUUCGGGUUCGCCGAGGAGAUGCGCAAACGCACGUCGGGCGCCGCACAGCCGCAGCUGAUCUUCGCCGGGUUCGAAGCCCUCGACGAAGACCCCUUCUGGGUGCCUGCCACGGAGGAAGAGCUCGAGGAUCUAGGCGAGCUGGCGGACCGCGAAAACGUGGCGAAGCGGUACAUGGAUGCCGUGCGAGCACGGAAGGGGUUGGUGGUUAAGGGGAAGAAACUGAUUGAUGCUGAGAAACAGAAGACUUUAAAGAGAUAG